AUGGAUGCCAAGAAGAUUUCCUGCAUUAACGAACGUAAUGAAAAUAAUAAUAGUACUUUAGAAACACCCUUUAUGUGGGCGGAAGACUUUCGAAAUGAAGAUGACAGUGGUAAACUCAUCUUGCAAGAGGACAAAGUUAAUUUAGACUUCGAGCUAGGAUCGGAGUCCGAUGUGAGCACUUCAUCAAUCUCCAGCAGACCAAAAAGCUGGUUAUGUGAGUACGAAGGGUGCACAAAGGCGUUUUCUCGCCCAUCUCAACUCACAGAACAUCAGGAAACCGUUCACAGGGGACUAAAACCAUUUCGCUGUUCUAAAUGCGACAAAACGUUCGCUCGCAAGUCGCAUUUGGAAAGGCAUAUGUUUUCUCAUUCUGACGAAAAGCCACUUAAAUGCUCGGUUUGUGAAAAGGGUUUUACCACAGAGCAGCAGUUGCGAAGGCACGCAAUUACUCACACAAAAUCUUUCAAAUGCCCUUACGAAAAUUGCAUUGAAAGCUUUUACAAACAUCCGCAGCUUCGGUCACAUAUUUUGGCAGUACAUUUACAAAAGCUCAAUUGUGAAUUUUGCGGCAAGAAAUUUCAGCGCCCUUACCGCCUCAAGGCGCACGUUGCAAAGCAUCACAAUCCGGACGCCGUUUUCAAGUAUCAGUGUACCCAUGGGUCCUGCCUCGAGGCAUUCAAAACUUGGACGGGUUUGCAACAGCAUAUAAAAGAGCAACAUCCGAAGAUUCUCUGCCCUGUGUGUAAAAAACCGUGUGUUGGAGAAUCGGGUUUGGCCAUGCACAUGAAAAUACACAGCAACAGUACCGUUAUCAAAAAUUGGCAAUGUGAGUCCUGUGAUGAUCUAUCUUUUGCCAAAAAGGCAGGCUUAAUGUCGCAUUACGUGGAAUACCACAAGGACCUCGUAUCCAGGCUAGUUGAAAGAGAAGAGGAAGCCGAGCAGGAGGUUUUACGCAUAAGCGCCUCCGUUCCGGACCCUCUUGAAUUGGCUCUUCCUAAGAGGUCCAUUCUAAAGACUGGUCAGACUCAUAACUCUGAUUUGGAUUCCAUACAAACAGAGGUGACAUUACGCAAAUUUUUAGACACCGGAAAAUCUUCAGUGUCUUUGUUACUGAAUUCUGCGGGCAGGAAGCAUAGGUGUCCUUACUCGAAGUGUUACAGGACUUUCAAAACACAAGAGAAAUUUGACCUGCACAUUCAAAAGCAUAAGAUCCAUGAACUAAAAUUGAAAAUCCUACAAGAGAAAGAGAAUACAGAACAAACUAAGGAUGGCAUUCAGGAAAUUGAGGAAGGCACAUUGCAAUCGGAAAAAGGUGCUGUCUAA